AUGGAAGAAUUGAAUAUUAAUUUUGCAGUGUUUAAGAAUAGGAUUGAAUCAUUGUACUCCAAGUAUGGCGAGUUUGAAGGAUCUCCGAACUCUUUAUUGUUUGUCCUGGGCUCCUCCAAUGCUGAAAAUCCGUAUCAAAAGACCACUAUAUUGCAUAAUUGGUUACUGAGUUACGAAUUUCCCGCUACUUUAAUUGCACUGGUGCCUGGAAAGAUUAUUAUUAUCACUAGUUCUGCUAAGGCCAAGCAUCUACAGAAAUCCGUCGACUUAUUUAAGGACUCUGAGAGUAAGAUCUCUUUGGAAUUAUGGCAGAGAAACAACAAAGAGCCAGAACACAAUAAGAAGUUGUUUGACGAUGUUAUCGACUUAAUCAAGAGUGCUGGUAAAAUCGUUGGUACCCCUGAAAAGGACUCUUACCAAGGUAAAUUCAUGACUGAAUGGAACCCAGCAUGGGAAGCGGCUGUGAAGGAAAAUGAAUUCAAAAUCGUCGAUGUCUCCUUAGGUCUCUCCAAAGUUUGGGAAGCCAAAGAUGCUAACGAGCAAGCGUUCUUGUCUGUUUCGAGUAAAGGUUCUGAUAAAUUUAUGGAUUUACUAUCGAACGAAAUGGUUCGUGCCGUUGAUGAAGAAUUGAAGAUUACCAAUGCCAAACUAUCAGACAAAAUCGAAAAUAAAAUCGAUGAUGUCAAGUUCCUAAAACAGUUAAGUCCCGAUUUAAGUGCACUAUGUCCAUCUAGUCACAAAUUCAACUUCGAUUUAUUAGAUUGGACAUAUUCUCCAAUUAUCCAAUCAGGGAAAAAAUUCGAUCUCAGAGUUUCGGCACGUUCCACCAAUGACCAGUUAUACGGUAAUGGUUGUAUUUUGGCGUCGUGUGGUAUCCGUUAUAAUAAUUACUGUUCAAACAUUACUAGGACUUUUCUGAUCGAUCCAUCCGAAGAAAUGGCUAGCAACUACGAUUUCCUACUAACUUUACAAAAUGAGAUUGUAACCAAUAUAUUAAAAGUUGGUCGUACACCAAAGGAAAUUUAUGAGUCAGCAAUAGAAUAUAUUGAAAAAUCCAAACCCGACUUAGUAUCUAAUUUCACUAAAAACAUCGGCUCACUGAUUGGUCUUGAAUUCAGGGACUCAAACUUCAUACUGAACGUAAAGAACGACUACCGUAAGGUUCAACCCGGUGAUUGCUUUAAUAUUUCAUUUGGUUUUAACAAUUUGAAAGAUUCUCAAAGUGGCAACAGCUAUGCUUUACAAUUGGCCGAUACAGUCCAGAUCCCGCUUGAAGAUACAGAGUCUCCACGUUUCCUAACAAAUUACACCAAAGCCAAAUCUCAAAUAUCCUUUUAUUUCAAUAAUGAGGAAGAAGAUAGCAGUAGUAAAAAGAAGUCUUCAUCUAGCACUAAGGUUCCGAGUAAGCCUGAUAGAAACUCUAAAAUUUUGAGAACAAAAUUACGUGGUGAGGCUCGUGGCGGUGCUGAAGACGCUCAAAAGGAACAAAUUCGUAAGGAAAAUCAAAAAAAGCUGCACGAAAAAUUGGAGAAGAAUGGGUUACUGAGAUUCAGUGCUGCCGAUGCCAAUGGUCCGGAUAGUGAGCCUCGUCAAUAUUUUAAAAAGUACGAAUCCUAUGUUCGGGAUUCCCAGUUGCCAACUAAUAUUCGUGAUCUAAGAAUCCAUGUUGAUUGGAAAAGCCAAACAAUUAUUCUACCCAUCUAUGGUAGACCAGUCCCCUUCCAUAUCAACUCAUACAAAAACGGUUCCAAAAAUGAAGAAGGUGAGUAUACCUAUUUACGUCUUAACUUUAAUUCACCAGGUUCUUCCGGUGGUAUUUCCAAGAAAGUUGAAGAGUUACCAUACGAAGAAUCGGCGGAUAACCAAUUUGUUCGUUCGAUCACAUUGAGGUCUAAAGACGGUGACCGUAUGAGUGAAACCUUCAAACAAAUUGCUGAUUUAAAGAAAGAAGCUACAAAGAGAGAGCAAGAACGUAAAGCCUUGGCUGAUGUUAUUCAACAGGAUAAACUGAUUGAGAAUAAAACGGGAAGAACAAAAAGACUGGAUCAAAUUUUUGUUAGACCUAACCCUGACACAAAACGUGUCCCUAGUACAGUCUUUAUCCAUGAAAACGGUAUUAGAUUCCAAUCCCCAUUAAGAACAGAUAGUAGAAUAGAUAUAUUAUUCUCAAACAUCAAAAAUUUAAUAUUUCAAUCUUGUAAGGGUGAAUUGAUUGUUGUCAUUCAUAUCCACUUGAAGAAUCCAAUUUUGAUGGGUAAGAAGAAAAUCCAAGAUGUUCAAUUUUACCGUGAAGCUUCCGAUAUGUCUGUUGAUGAAACUGGAGGUGGGAGAAGAGGCCAGUCUAGGUUCAGAAGAUAUGGUGAUGAGGAUGAACUAGAACAAGAGCAAGAAGAAAGAAGAAAACGCGCUGCGCUGGAUAAAGAAUUUAAGUAUUUUGCAGAUGCAAUCGCAGAAGCAUCAAAAGGUUUACUAACUGUGGAGAAUACAUUUAGAGAUUUGGGUUUCCAAGGUGUUCCAAAUAGAUCAGCAGUUUUCUGUAUGCCGACUACAGAUUGUCUGGUUCAAUUGAUUGAACCUCCAUUUUUGGUGGUUAACCUCGAAGAGAUUGAAAUCUGUAUUUUAGAAAGAGUUCAAUUUGGCUUAAAGAACUUCGAUAUGGUUUUCGUCUAUAAAGAUUUCAAUAAAUCUGUUACACAUAUCAACACAGUUCCAAUCGAAUCUCUAGAUUUCUUGAAGCAAUGGUUGACAGACAUGGAUAUUCCAUACACAGUCUCUACAAUCAAUUUGAACUGGGCUACGAUUAUGAAAUCAUUACAAGAUGAUCCACACCAGUUUUUCUUGGACGGUGGUUGGAACUUUCUGGCUACUGGUUCAGACGAUGAAGCUUCUGAUGAAAGUGAAGAAGAAAUCAGUGAAUACGAAGCUUCUGAAGAGGAAGUGAGUGAUGAAAGUGCUUUCUCUGAGGAAGAGGAAGGUUCUGAAGUAGACGACGAUAUUAGCGGAGGGGAAAGCGAGGACUAUAGUGGUGAUGAAAGUGAAGAAGGCGAAGACUGGGAUGAACUAGAAAAAAGGGCGGCCAGAGCUGACCGGGGUGCAAACUUUAGAGAUUAA